UGUCUGCGAAAUGUGGGAAGAGAACAAGAUCAUGCUCGGCGGUGACAGCGGCGACGCGGGCCUGGCGAGCGCCGCGGCGCGGGGGCAAGUGGAGACCGUGCGGCAGCUCCUGGAGGCCGGUGCGGAUCCCAACGGAGUCAACCGCUUCGGGAGGCGCCCGAUCCAGGUCAUGAUGAUGGGCAACCCCCGCGUGGCGGAGCUGCUGCUGACCCACGGCGCGGACCCCAACCGCGCGGACCCCACCACCCUCACCCGCCCGCUGCACGACGCCGCCCGGGAGGGCUUCCUGGACACGGUGGCGGCGCUGCACCGAGCCGGGGCGCGCCUGGACGUGAGGGAUGCCUGGGGGCGCCUGCCCGUGGACCUGGCUGAGCAGCGGGGCCACCGCGACGUCGCCCGGUACCUGCGCAACGCCGCAGGGGGCGCGGAGCGCAGUAGCCCCGCGGAAGGUCCCGCAGGAAAUGGAGAAUCUGAGGGAUCACACAAAUUUGCUGAGGGCAUGAGAACCCUCCAGGCCUUCAAUAGCGACGCAGAGAUGGACUGCACAAGCUCCCUUACCUAA